AUGACGUCCAAGCCGCAGUUCGAGAGUGGCCACGAAAUCCCGGUGUCUAGCCAGAGUUUCCCAGGCUUGGAAAGCAAAAUGCCCAACCCACAACCACUGUUUGACGAGAUCCCGACCGAAGAUGGCAAGAGCCAGAAAUACAGGCCAGCCGAGAAGCUGAAGGGCAAGAAAGCCAUCAUCACAGGGGGUGACUCGGGAAUUGGGCGUGCAACGGCCAUUUUGUUUGCCAUGGAGGGCGCCGACUCCCUCAUCGCCUAUCUCCCCGAGGAAGAAGAGGAUGCACGAGAGACCAAGAAGCGGGUUGAGCAAUACGGGCAACAAUGCCAUCUGCUGGCCACCGACCUGAGAGAUCAGAAAAACUGCAAGAGAGUGAUUGACGAGGCAGUUAAGGUUUUCAACGGCCCGCUGGAUAUUUUGUUCAACAACGCGGCCUAUCAGAUGGUGGUGGAUGAUAUCAAGGAUCUUUCUGAGGACCAGUGGUUGCAUACCUUCAACACCAACAUCCAUCCCUAUUUCUUCCUAGCCAAGUAUGCGCUGCCGCACAUGAAGCGAGGCAGCACCAUCAUCAACAAUGCCAGCAUCAACGCAUACGUCGGCCGCCCUGACCUCCUCGACUACACGUCCACCAAGGGUGCCAUCGUAUCCUUUACUCGAGGCCUGAGCAACCAGCAGGUCGGCAAGGGCAUCCGGGUCAACGCUGUUGCACCUGGCCCGGUCUGGACCCCGCUGAUCCCGUCGACAAUGUCAGACGAGGCACAAAAGCAGUUCACCAGCCCCAUGGGCCGGCCCUCCCAACCAAGCGAAAUCGCAACAUGUGUUGUUUUCUUAGCCUCGUUGGACAGCUCGUCCAUCAGCGGCCAAACAAUUCACUGUAACGGUGGCAGCAUUGUUAAUGGUUAG